AUGGAGGGAAAAAGAGAAAAGGAAAAAAAAGUCAAAACUGAAAAGGGAUCUAAAAUAUAUUUAAAGGAUAGCAAAAGUCAACUAGACAACAGUAACAACAACAUACCUUACGAGAAUUCAAAACCCGAAAACAUUUUUCAACCAAAUAAUGUAGAUAAAAAAAAUUAUUACAAUGAUAGGAUAUCAAAAAAUGAAUCUAUUGAAGCAUAUCUAAAUAACUAUAUUUAUAAAAAUGAAAUGGAAAAAUAUGAUGAUCAAAAUAAAAUAGAAAACAGAAAAGAAGAAAAUUUGAAUACUGAAUUUAAUAAUGCUCCAAAAGAAAAAAGACAGAGAAAAAGAUCUUCGAUUAUUGAAAAAAUUAAACAACAAGAAUUAAAAGCAAAACAAAGAAGUUGGACACCUUUAUGUUUAAUUAUAACUUAUUUAUCUAUAUCCAUUGUUUUUAUAAUAGUAGGAUUGAUUUUUAUUAUUUUAGCAACAAACAGAAAGGAAUGUAAAAUUCCUUAUGACCAUCUAACAGAUGAUUCACUAGUUAUAGAAGUGAAUGAAUCUUUUUGUAAAGGCCCGAAAAGGCCAUUCAAAAUUAAUUCAUAUAUAUAUUAUGAGUUACAUAAUUUUUAUCAAAAUCAUAAGAAAUAUCUGAUAUCUAAGUCGCACAACCAGUUGAUGGGUGUUGUGUAUACAAAGGCAAGUGACGUUUCGCAGUGCUUUCCAAUAGUAACAAACAAAGAAGGGAAAGUUUUACAUCCUUGUGGGUUAGUAGCAAGAAGUAUAUUCAAUGAUACAUUCACAUUAUAUAAAGAUAUUAAUUUGAAAGAAAAAAUAAAAAUAGAUGAAUCAAAAGAAGCUAUUAUAUGGAAUAGUGAUUAUAAUAAAUUUAAAAAUCCAUCACAAGAAGAAAUGGAUAAGUAUAAAGAAAAUGUAUAUUUUUGGCUAACUGACAAGCGAUAUGUUGAUAUUUUUAAUAUGAAUGAUGAAAAUGGCUAUGGAAUAGAAAAUUCACAUUUUAUAGUAUGGAUGAAAACAGCUGCAUUAUCAAAUUUUCGAAAAAAAUAUGCAAAAUUAAAUAUAGAAUUAAGUUUACCAAUAUAUGUUAAUAUAAAAAAUAAUUUUCCUGUUUCAAAUUUUAAUGGAAAAAAAUUUUUUGUAAUAGCAGAAGUUUCUGUAUUUGUAAAUGAAAAAUCAAAUUCCAUUGGAAUUUUAUAUUUAGUCAUUGGUAUUUUUUCCCUUUUUAUCACUUUAUGUCUUAUUUAUAAUCAGCUUACUCAUCCUCGAGUCAUGGGGCACAUAUAG